CUAUGUUUCACUCACAUGUGAUCUGACGCGAUCACAUGAUCGUAUCCGAAAUUGAUCGGUGUCGAGGGAGUGUCUUCCGAAUUUAAGUUUUCUCGCUCGCGAUGAUGUUUCGACAGCUUUCGCUUUUUUUCGCCAUCCUUACCACAGUUUAUGCCAGUGGCGAAUUCGUCGUUCUUCAUUCGCCUGAUAGUGUAGAAUUCACUGUGAAUGGAGAGAUCGAACAAAGCAAUCUCAAGGAAAUCUUAUCCACAGCUCUUGGUUAUACUGGAAAGCAGAAGAAUGCUGAUCAUAGCAUAACUGUUUGGGAUCCAUUUACGAUGCCAAACGCUUUGGCUGUUAUGGCAAUUGAUGGAAUAGAUAUCCUGCCAUCCUUAAAAGACGAAAUCACGUUUCCUUUGUGUGUUGAUGAGGUAGAAGAGGCCUCUUGGCAAGCACUUAGAAGCAGAGUGGAGGAACGGAGCAACGAUAAUACCUUGAUCAGGAUUAACUUGAAUGAUGGAGUUGAUGCUCUAGGCCAAUCAGCUCUCGGCGAACUGAAGCCAACUAACAUGGAGAAACUAGAGUUUCUAAGUUCAGAAAUCGAGGAGGAUCGCAAAUUCGUAGAGGAGAUGCAACUUCUUCACGCUAUCGCUGACAAAGUGUCCUCCGUAAAGAAACAUGACUCUAGCACGGAUGUCUAUUGGCUGGUGGUGUCAGCCCUUAAACCAGUCUUAGAUCUUCAUGGAAACAAUUCAGUAUCCAAUGAAGCGUAUACGCUACUGAAAGAUGCAAUGGAACGCGUAUCCAAGUCUUUUGUGAUUGCUUAUGAUGGCCAGGUUGUUGUUUCGGCAUUCACGAAUGAUGCCAGCAAGGUGAGAAACACUCGUUCUGUGCACCUUGAGAGACAGCGUAGAGAUACUCUGCGAGACGGCGAACGAGACGGGGAAAGUAAUAACGAAGAGGAGAUAAAUAGUAUGAAUAGUACUAGCGAGCCCAACACUAUCGACAGCACUACUGAACGUACGGGCGUUCAGGAAAAGUCCGACCUGGGCUCCGCUAAUAAGGAGCAUAAGAUAGAUACUAACACACAGACAAUAGGACAGCCUGAAUUUUCCGGCCGUUCGAAAACUUACACGGAAAACUAUCCUGUCAUCUUCAACAUAAUGCUGUGGUUCGGCGUUAUUUUCUUCUUCUCGCUGUUAGCCAUUUGCAUUGCAAUUGCGGAUAUGGAUCCAGGACGCGAUUCUAUCAUAUACAGAAUGACGUCGAAUCGAAUGAAGAAGGACAAUUAAGUGUAAAUGUAUAUAGCUGUGAUUUUGUGAUUUGUGUUCUGUGCGAAGUAUACUUAUCGGAGCACUCCUGUAUUCGUAAUUUAUUAGCUAGUUGGAGAUAAUUUAAAUUUCCUUAAUACAUAUGUAGGUUCUAUAAAUCGAUUGACUCGAAUUUGUCAGAGUCAUUAAUUGUAAAGAUGUAAUUAUAUAUCUCACUUUGUUCAAUCGUAUGCGAAAAAGUAAUUAUUAUAUUAUAAAAGCUGCGCAAAAUAAAGAUUUGCUAUCUUAAAUAUAA